ACCCGUGAUUCAUAUCACGUUGUUACCCCAUCCUUCAGGCGGAGCGUCUACGGCGGAGCGUCUACAGGCACGUACAAUCACAUGAAUAUUAGCGAGAUUGAUGCCGUUUGGGCCACAAAACCUCCAAAGGUAGAGUUCGCAAUUUGUGAAGUUAAUCACAAUGCAAUUGUAUACGAAAUGACCGUACCGUAUCGAGAAUUAUACUUAUUUAGAGAAGUAAUACGAACAGAAUUACCAACAAGUCAAGUUAAUUUAGCGCAGAUGCGUCAAUGCAUCCCGAAAUUCCUUUUAUUUAAAGAAAUGCUUUGUAAAGGUUUAAGUGAACUACGUGAAUAUAUUAUGGAAGCUGGCUUACGUACACCACCUGAAAAAAUUAAAGCAUCUCUAUUUGUUACAGAAAUGACGUAUACGCCCCCAUCAAAAAAGGAUAAUAAUAAAAAAGAAAUAGGCAAGAGAGGAGGGGGAAAAAAGUAG